AAUUGAAAAUUGUACAACACUUGCCAUAUCUGCCAUGUUUCACUUCCUGUGCUUGCGAACAAAAUAGAAUCGCCAAAAAAUCCCUGCGAGUGAGUGUUUUAACAUCACACUCAAAAAAUAACAUCAAAGUGGUAGUUGAAAGAGUGCCACAACUCAAACCGCACUAAUUACCAACACCAAGCAACCAAAAACACAAGCCCUUCGACCACAAAAGAAAAAAGAUCCGAAGGAGAAGAGCGUACUUUAUUUAUUCUUGCUUUUAUUUUUGGAAGCUCGUCGGUAGCAGCAGCAGUGUGUGUGUGUGUUGUAGGUGGUGUGUGUGUGCGCGUUUUGAGGAAGUUGAAGUGGAAGAACAACGAAUGCAACUAAAAAAGAUGGCAGACUCGGAAAACCAGCAGCAGCUACCCAUUGAACAGCAGCAGCAGCAAUCGCUGUCCCAGGAAGAACUCGAGGAUGAGGUGCUUCAGGCGCAGGGCAAGUUGGCGCAGCCACCAAAGGAACUGAUUGCUACUAAAGUCACCGGUACCGUUAAAUGGUUCAACGUGAAGAGCGGCUACGGCUUCAUCAAUCGCAACGACACUAAAGAGGAUGUCUUUGUGCACCAGAGCGCCAUAGCGCGCAACAAUCCCAAGAAAGCGGUGCGCUCAGUAGGCGAUGGUGAACUGGUCGAGUUUGAUGUGGUCAUCGGCGAGAAGGGCAACGAAGCGGCCAAUGUGACUGGCCCGUCCGGUGAGCCGGUGCGUGGCAGUCAAUUCGCCGCUGAUAAGCGUCGCAACUUCCGACCCUGGAUGAAGAAGAAUCGUCGCAAGCAGGAGGGCGAUGAUGUUGAUGAAAUGGCGCCUCAGCAUCAGCAGCAACAACAGCAGCUCGAUGGACAGCAGCAGCUCGAUGGACAGCAGAUGCAGCAGUCGGGACAACGCCAGCCACGUCAAAAUUAUCGUCGCGGACCCGGCGGCGGCGGCCCUGGUGGUCCUCCCGGCGGUCCACGCGGUGGUGCACCACGUGGCGGCGGCGGCGGCCCAGGCGGUCCACCCGGUGCUGGUCCUGGCCAGCGUCGCUACAACAAUUACUAUCCGCGCCAGACACGUCGUGUCCUGGGUGGUGGCGAUGGAAGCGCCGAGCCCGGCGUCCAUGAUCCCAACUCGGACGGUGGUCAGCGUGGCGGCGAUGGACAGCCACGUCGCGGUGGCGGUGUUGGUGGACCCCAGCGACGAUUCUUCCGACGCAACGGCCCACCGCCGCGUCGUGAUGGCGGCGAGUACAUUCAGGGCGGCCAGGGACCGCCACGUCAGCCGUUCCGUCCGCGUCGUCAGAAUCGUAAGCCCAAUGGACCUGGAGGUGGCAUGGAGCAGCAGCCACAGCAGAAUGGCGCUCAAGAACUGCAAAAUACAACAACUGAAAGCACCGCAUAGAAAAACAAUCAUUUAAACAAAACAGUUAAACAUCAGUAACUACAACAAGCAGAGCAGCAUCAGAAUCAACAGUAACAGAUGCCGUAGCAAAAACAACAACAACAUCAUCAUCAUCAACAACAACUACAACAAUCAGAAGAAAAUGGAAAAUACGUCCAUGUAAAAUUUGUAAAUGGGGUCGCCGUGUUUUUUUGUUGUUUUUUUGUUUUGUUUGGUUUUUUCGUCUGGGAAAAAGCGACAGGAAAACGAAAAUGUAAAAUUUAUGAACUAUAAAAAAAAAGAAUAUUAAAAGUAUAGAGAUUGUUCAAAUUCA